AAAGGAACAGGACGAUCAUUUCGUAAAAAAGAUACAGAGAUUCGAGUAAUGGUAGACGCUUUCUCAACACUUUAUUUAAUAGAAGUAUCCAAAGAGGAGCAAGGUAACUAUACUUGUUAUGUGGAUAACAUUAACAUGAUGCGUUUAAAAGUCAUCGUUAUAUCUAAAACUCGGCUUUUGACCCAAGCUUUUUUCCGGCAUUUGGGUUACUUGGGAAUUAUAAUCUUCUUGAUUUCGAUCUGCUAUUGCGCGGGUAUAGUAAUGACUUGCCGACAGAGAAAUAAAUUUCAGUCCUUGUCACAAGAUGAUCCAUCAGCGGAGGAAGUUGAGUAG